ACGUGACAAUAGCAUAUUGAUACGUGUCCGACGAAGGGAGCCACGACUCACUACGAUUUGCCAGUCGGGCAUACGCGGCCAGGUUUACUCGUGUUUUAGAUUGAAUUGGGUGUCCUCGCGAUUGUGUUGUUCCCAGGCAUCAUCAGUGAGGAGCGUCGCCUAGAAUAGUUAGAACCUCGGAUUCAAAAUGGGAUUCAAAUUUUUGGAGGUGAUAAAACCCUUUUGCAGUAUACUCCCGGAAAUAGAGAAGCCACAACGAAAGAUUCAAUUUCGGGAGAAAGUAUUAUGGACUGCAAUUACGUUGUUUAUCUUCUUAGUAUGCUGUCAGAUCCCGCUGUUCGGUAUUAUGUCAUCGGACAGUGCAGAUCCUUUUUAUUGGAUUCGUGUGAUACUUGCAUCUAACAGAGGAACUCUGAUGGAGUUGGGUAUUUCUCCCAUUGUUACUUCCGGUUUGAUCAUGCAACUGUUGAGCGGUGCAAAGAUUAUUGAAGUUGGCGAUACCAUAAAGGACAGAGCUCUGUUUAAUGGAGCACAAAAAUUAUUCGGUAUGGUCAUCACUGUUGGUCAAGCUAUUGUAUAUGUAAUGACUGGCAUGUAUGGAGAUCCAACAGUAAUUGGAGCUGGAGUUUGUUUAUUAAUCAUUAUUCAGUUGUUUGUUGCUGGUCUGAUUGUAUUAUUGUUGGACGAAUUACUUCAAAAAGGAUACGGAUUGGGAAGUGGAAUCUCUCUCUUUAUUGCUACCAAUAUUUGUGAAACAAUAGUAUGGAAAGCAUUUUCUCCAGCUACUGUGAACACUGGACGUGGUACGGAAUUCGAAGGUGCUGUAAUCGCAUUGUUCCAUUUAUUGGCUACAAGACAAGACAAAGUCCGAGCUCUUCGUGAGGCUUUCUACAGACAGAACCUUCCCAAUCUCAUGAACUUGCUCGCCACCAUUUUGGUAUUCGCGAUUGUGAUCUAUUUCCAGGGCUUCCGCGUUGAUUUGCCAAUCAAAUCUGCCAGAUAUAGAGGCCAGUACAGCAGCUAUCCUAUCAAAUUGUUCUACACUAGCAAUAUUCCAAUCAUUCUUCAAUCCGCGCUGGUAUCUAAUUUGUACGUGAUCUCGCAAAUGUUAGCUGUUAAAUUCCAAGGGAAUAUUAUUGUCAAUCUUCUGGGAGUGUGGUCGGAUGUCGGUGGUGGUGGGCCAGCUCGGUCUUACCCCGUUGGGGGGUUAUGUUACUAUUUAUCACCCCCAGAAUCCGUAGGACAUAUUCUUCAAGAUCCCAUUCAUGCUGUCCUCUAUAUUUUCUUCAUGCUUGGUUCCUGUGAUUGA